AUGGCUGCACACGCUUCCAACCAAUUCUACCACCUCAACAAUGGCCCCCGGCCUCACCCUCACCCUCACCGUGCCCCGUUCAAGAACGGGUACAAGAACAACAAAAACAACCGAACCACCACCUCCUCCUCCAUCAAAGGCGAUCAAUCCGUUGACGUCUUCCUCCGGCCUCAAAACAAAAAGAGGCAAAACCAACAUCCUCCCACCUACCGAGUCCCUAAUGGACAACGCAAACCUCCAUACAACAAACCUCCUCAGCCUCAUGAUGGAGACAUCAUCAUGAGAGACUCCAACCCUCCUCAACCUCAACCUCAAUACCCAAAGAGGUCAAACAACCCUCCAUACAAUACCCGUCCUUACAACAACAACCGACCUUACAACUCCCACGUUGGGCAGAGAAAGCCCUUCUACUACCGAACCGACCGCGAUGGGGACGUGCUUAUGAAAGACGUCUUCAUCAAACCCUCCUCCAAACAGCCGAUCAAACCUCGUGCUCCUCAAACAAACAACCGAACCAACCAACGCGGGCAACAAAUGCCUAGCAACUACAAUCAAGAUAUCGAAAUGAUCGAUACUCCUAUCGAUCAAGAUGGUGACACCAUCAUGGUGGAUGUCUAA